AUGGCUGCCUUUCUUGCGAAAAGAAUUGUUAACAACUCUCUUCGCCUUAGUCCUGUCACUUUAUGUAUAACAAGUCGCCUGAGAUAUUUCAGUGAUCAGAUAGAGAAAUGGACAAACGAGAGAUUCGACGAGGUCGUUAAAAAAGACAAAGUUGUGGUAUUCAUGAAAGGAAUUCCCAGGCAGCCUAUGUGCGGUUUUAGUAACGCCGUGGUGCAGAUCCUUCAAAUGCAUGGAGUUGAAACCUACGGCAGCUACAACGUUCUAGAGGACGAAGACCUGAGACAGAGAGUUAAGGAAUAUUCUAACUGGCCUACAAUACCACAAGUUUAUGUCGGUGGAGAGUUUCUCGGUGGUUGCGAUAUCAUGCUACAAUUGCAUCAGAACGGAGAACUGAUCGAAGAACUUCAGAAGGUUGGAAUAAGAUCUUUGUUGUUGGAAAAGGCGGAAGAAGAUAAUAAGGACAGUUGAAAGACUUCUUGAAAUAGUUUGGGGGAAAUUUUGACGUCAUAACAAGUCUGACUGCAAUGUCUUCGACCCAAGGUCUCUUUUAGACUUAUUGCAUAACAACAUCGGUGAAAACAGUGUAUUGGGGGGUUGAAUUGUACGGAUAUUGAGUCCCCCUGCAUAAAGAGCAAGUAAAAAUUUUGAAAAACGCAAUAAUAUCCUUGUGUUUAAGUUACUUAUUACCACUGUGUUCACGUGUUCUUAUGUGCAAAGAUGCCAACCUUUGUGGGUCUCUGUGGUGUGCGACAAAUGCAGACUUGCAGGCUGAAGCCCAUAACCCAGAGCGAGCAACUCCCGUACUAGGCCUAUGUCACGGCGUUUUUAUGGACCAGUUUAUUUUUAGACACAUUUUAGGGGACUUUUUCCCACGAAAAUUGAAUCUCCACCAUGUCAAUGAGCGCAUUUGAAGUAUAUGAUAUCAAAAAAAGGCAAAAAAUAUGAUUUUUAGGUCUGUAGGUUUUGCUGACUCAUUUGUGGAAUUUGAAAGAUAUUCAAAAUUUGCGCCAAAACCAUUCUGAAAAUAAACUGGUCCGUGAAAAUGCCGUGACACGAGCACAUGGAAGUUGCUCACUACAGCUUAUGGGCUCCUGUCACUGGCCUACUUGGUAGGCAUUCGAAAGGGAAGGGGAAGGGUAAUUUUGUAUUUUGGGGGGGAAAGGCUAAAUUUGAGACUAAAACAGAAAAGCUCAAGACUGGGAGAUUUGUGAUGUAACUGGGAUACUCGAGGAGAAUUAGCAUGUUAAGCAUGUGGUAGUUACAUCAGGUGGAAAUGUGCACACCAAACUUUCUCAAUAGCUCAUUAUGCAGUUAUGGAUGAAAACAAGGCUAGAGUUUUAACUCUAGGUUAAAACCUUGUUUUGAUACAACCUUUUCUGCUUUCGUAAGCAAAUUGUGUUGUUUUAAUGCAAAUUAGUGCUUUUAAAGCAUAAUUUCCAUAAUAAAACCAAAAAAGUUCAUAUCAAAACCAGGUCAAACUCAG